AUGCCUUUGUUUUCAGGACUACAAGGCGGAGCUGUUACACGAGGCCUUCUAGCACAUUCUAGUUUUAAGGUUAAAGCUGUGACCAGAGACCCAAACAAACCCUCUUCAAAGGCACUUGAAAAACUUGGAGCUGAGGUUGUGAAGGGAGAUUUGGAUGACAGAGCAGUGGUUGAGUCCAUUCUAAAAGGAUCAUAUGGAGCUUUCUUUGUUACCAACUUCUUUGAUCAUUUCAGCAAGGAAAAAGAAGUCAAGCAGGGUAAAAUGCUGGCAGAUAUAUCUAAGGAGCUCGGCUUAAAGCAUGUUAUCUUCAGUGGUGUGGAAAAUGUCAAUAAAAUAACAGGCGGUAAACUUGAGGUUCUACAUUUCGAUGGAAAAGGAGAGGUAGAAGAGUAUUUCUGGGAACAAAAAGUACCCAUGACCAGUGUCAGGAUUGCUGCUUACUAUGAAAAUUUCUUAUCCACGUGGAAGCCAGUGAAGGCAAUUGAUGGAAACUACUAUGUACUGGCAAUCCCAAUGGGAGAUGUUCCACUGGAUGGAAUAUCUGUAGCAGACAUUGGCCCAGCAAUAGCCAAUAUCCUGGACCACCCUUCUGAGUACAUUGGGAAAUGGGUUGGUUUAAGUGCUGAAGCCCUUACUAUAGAACAGUAUGCCAGUGUCUUGUCAAAGCACAUGGGGAAAACAGUGAAGGAUGCCAAGAUCACCAUGGAAGCUUAUGAAAAACUUGGAUUUCCAGGAGCUGAGGAGUUAGCUAAUAUGUUCCGAUUUAACUUGACAAGACCACAACGUGAUGUUUCGUUAACUCACAAGCUAAUUCCAAAUGUCCGAACCUUUGAUAAGUUUAUUGCUGAUAAUAAAGAAGCUUUCAAACACCUUUAAAUUUUUAUUAUGAUGUCACUCAUGGUUUGAAUGAAUAACUGUCACUGUUACUUGCCAUGUGAUAUAUGUGCCAUGGCUGUUUUUUGGUUAUAGCAUAAAUCAAAAAGUGCAUUUUUUUUACAUAAGAUAUAUGUUUUUUUAAAAAAACUGUUUGCUAAGAAAGUAAAUAAAAUGUUUUACUGAUAU